UGAGUGCCUGUAAUACAUAUGAAAACAAUUCUUUGUAUACGAGUUGACCUGUAUACGAAUUGGUCUGUGUACGACUUGACCUGACAGUGUUACGACAUAUCCGGUAAAAAAAAAUGUCACAAAACAAACCCCUCCAUCCUGCAUGCUUUAUACGAAUUACUACAGCCCCCCAAAAAGGAAAAGAAGCUACGUAAGAAGUCUUAUGUAAGUUAUAAAGCAGUCAACUAAAAAGAUGGCAGCUUAUUCAAGGGGGAAAAUUGCAAAACAACGAAUAAGCCCUAAAAGAGAGGCAGAAUUUAUGUGUCGUUCUGGACUGGACUGUGAUGCAUUAAAAGUUGAAUUGAUCAACAGAAGAAUUGGAUAUGGGGUUUUUGCAACUCAAAAUUUUCCAAAAGGAAGCUUUUUGGUAGAAUAUGUUGGAGAGAGAAUUGUGCCCAAGGAAGCAGAAGAAAGAGAAAAGAAGCGCAAAAUAAAACAUACUAGUUAUAUGUUUUACUUUAAGUGGAAUGGUGUGAAGUGCAUUGAUGCAACUAACACUGAAAGAAAGGGGAAGUAUAUAAAGGACGAGGAAGUCGGAAGUCCGUUGAAUAACUGUGUUAUGCGCCUUUUGGUUACCGAGAAUUAUCCAAGGCUCUGCCUCUUUGCAAAUAGAGAUAUUAAAGCUGGAGAAGAGUUAAGAUAUGAUUAUGGGGAAGCCAACCUACCUUGGCGACAAAUUCACCUGAUGAUAAUCCCUUUGAUGAUAACCCAUUUGAUGUCAACCAGGACAGUGAGGAGAACAAUGAAGAAACUAUUGAUACUGAAACAGAGAGUGAAAAAGAAGUUGAUGAUUCCAACACUGCAUCCCCUAUGGAAGUUCCAUGUAAAAGUUAAAAGCUAAGCACAGAGAGAUCAUCAUGCCCACCCCAUGCAAAACCUGAGGCUCAAGGACAAGCCAGUGUUCAACGUCACACAUGGACUGCUGUAGAAAGGCAUCCUUGGAGCGACAGUUUAAUAACUUUAUCAAACUAGGGAAAACUCCUGGUCAGCUUGACUGUUUAAACGCCAUUAGGAAGGAAAAGGCAUUAUCAGGCUUCACUUGGCGCAAUGUGAAGUUUGCUGUCAAAAACAUAAUACCUCUCGUCUGAGAAGUUUCAGAAAUUGAAAUUCCAGGUGGUCGCAACGUUAAAUUUCUAUGUGUUAUAAUUAUGUUACCGUAAUGAAGUUCGAAUGCAUACUGUUUGUGCUGUAUUAUCAAUUUGUUAAUAACAUUAUGCCAGUAUCUAAAUUUAAUACAGGGUGCAUGCAUUUGUGACAAAUGCUUAUUGGCUUAUACAAAUGUACAUUUAUUUUUUUGUCUGUUAUUCUACUUCCUAUUCCAUGAAACAUUUUGAAAUCGCAGAAAUGGGUAGACAUUAUUUGAUAUUUUAAUUGAUAAAAUAUGAUCAGAAAUGUAAAGAAGGGCACGCAUCAUGCAUGAUAAUGUCAAUAAUUGAUUGAAAUUAUUUGAAUUCAUAAACAAAAUUCCAUAUAUCAUGAAUUACUAUGAAAUUAUGUACUUUUAAAUUUUAGCUUAAAGUUGUUUGAUCCUAAAAUAAAAUGAAUUAUAAUUAAGA